AAGUGUUCAGGUCCAGACGAUGUACAGAGACCUUUCUGGAUCUUUCCCUCAUCAGGAUUUAGGGUGCAGCAGAGGCAGCCAGAGCCCCAGUGAUCCCGGAGCUACACAAGUGUUCGGGAGCAUCGCUAUGGGGCACAGCAUGAGAUCCACACCUGCAGAGGAGCAGCACCAGAAAUAUCCCGUCCCUACAUCUUCUGGUCCUUUCAUCCCAACAGUAAAUGCAAUAACAUCAAACCAAGACCUUAACUGGAUGGUACAACCAAGUGUUAGACCACUGACUCUACCACCCUAUCAUAGUCCACGUCAUGGUGUCAUCAGAGGCAUGGGAGGAGCUUUAAGCAUGGGACGAAGAAGACAAGGUGAUCAUAUGUCACCAGAAGAAGAAGAAAGACGAAGAGUUCGAAGAGAGAGGAAUAAGAUUGCUGCCGCUAAAUGCAGGAACCGACGCAAGGAGCUCACAGAUUACCUACAGGCAGAGACGGACAAACUUGAAGAAGAGAAGUCAUCUUUGCAAAAAGAGAUAGCUGAACUGCAGAAGCAAAAAGACAAGCUAGAACUGAUUCUUGAUGCACACCAACCCAUCUGCAAGGUGCCUCAAGACCACCAACCUGCCCAGCAGGCAGACUCUUAUAAAAUCUUCAAGGAAGAGUCUUAUGAAGAAUCAGCAAGAGGUCCUAAAAUGAAACUCCCCAGAAUUGAGAUCAGCAGCACAGUUCUUGAACCUGAAGCUCUCCACACUCCUACAUUGAUGAAAACUCCAUCUAUCACACCCUUUACACCAACUCUAGUCUUUACUUAUCCCGGAACCCAGGAGUCCUGUUCCACUGCCCACCGCAGGCUUAGUAGCAGCAGCAGUAGUGGUGGGGACCAGAGUCCAAGGUCCUUCAGCUCAUCCACAAUAUUGACUCUUUAACAAAAUUAUUACCGUUAUGUUUGAGUGUUACAAAAUGUCUAGAGUUUUACAAUUGACUUUUGCCAGUAUGAAUAUUCUUCCUAUACAGGAUCUAAUUCACUCAGUCAGAAUAAGACAUUAUAUCAUUUUCUCUUAUAGGGGUUUUCUGGGACCCAGCAGGACCCACAAACCCACUUUAAUUACAAAUAACUUGCCUGUAGAACUAAGUUUAUGAUGCACCACCCUGAAGUUGAGUGGACCCAGUCACAUGACGCUCCUCUGGAUGUGGCCAGAACUAUUCCUCUCCUUGGUUUGUACACAGACCAUUUAAUGCAUCUCACUUGGGAGAGUAAUAGUUCUUGCCAAGUCCACAGCGGAAGUGACAUCCUCUCCGUAGCCCAGGCAGAAAACCAAAUUCCAGAGAGGCCGAUCCACAAAGCUUCAGGAUGGUAAGUACAGUUUAUUACAUUACAUACUUUAUUCUACAGGCAAGUUAUGUGUAAUUAAAGUGAGUGUGCGAGGCCCACUGGGUUAUGGAAUACUUUUUUAAGGGAGUUUCCUAUACUUCCUUUAAGGGAUUUGUUAGAUGCGUGACCUCAUUUUAUACGGUCACAAGUUUAUACAGUAAUAGAGCUAUAUUAGACCACAGGGUCACAGAUUAGGGCAGAGCCGACAUUUAACUGCAUGAUCACUGUAACAAAGUUAUUAGAAAAUAAGCGGCAGAGCCGAAAUAGGUUUGUGUAGUUGUAUGUCAGUUGUGGGUCAGCAGAGCUGGUCUAUUCUGUGUUAUAGUAUAUUUUUAUAUGGUUAUUGCUUGGGGUGGCAUAUGGACAUUUUGGGAACAGUAUAUUUAUGAAUCACCCUUGAUUUAAGUGUUGUUUUCAUGUUUUUGACUUAUUGUGCACUUUUAACUCACAAAUCUACAUUUAAUUGUGUAUGAAUUAGAUAAUAUAUUAAAUACAACACUUUCUCAUUUGUAUAAAAUUUGUGUUACAAUUCAUU